AUGUGGCCUCCAAUUGACAAGUUACCUGAGGUCCAAUCCUUUAUAGGUGUAAUUUUUGCUGUCACUGGAAACAUUUUGAUAUCUAUUGCAUUAAAUUUACAAAAACACGCACACAAUGAACUUCAGAGAAUUAGUUGUGAUUCGGUAGCAUUUAGUGAUACUCGUAGCGGAUCUAAUCCACAACGUCCCACCUCUUUAUACGAUUCCGAUCUACCGACGCAUAUUCUACGAUCAAGUGAAAGUGAUGAUAGUUAUGUAAUGUUGACUGAAUUCGAUGAUUGUGAUAACAAAUCUCAUUAUCUUUUUUCCAAAGCUUGGUGGGCCGGAAUAUUACUGAUGGUUAUAGGCGAAUCAGGAAAUUUUAUAGCUUAUGGAUUUGCACCUGCAUCGGUGGUUGCACCAUUGGGAACUGUUGCUCUAAUUUCCAAUGUAAUAUUGGCUCCUAUAAUGUUGAAGGAAAGGUUUCGCACCCAAGAUUUAUUCGGAGUUGUUGUUGCCAUAAUCGGUGCUAUUAUUGUAGUGCUUAAUUCUAAAUCUGAAGAAGGGUGA